AUGGAAUUUGAAGAACCAAACUAUUUUCAAUUAACUCUAAAACAAACUAGAAUUCUAUUGAUUAAAAACUGGAGAAUAGCAUAUAGAAAAAGAGUCACCACUGCCAUUCAAUUAACAGUUCCAUUCUUUUUCGUACUUGGACUUUAUUUAAUUCAAUUGGCUGUUGAUGAUGCACUUUCAACAAAUGAUUUAUUUGCCGAUACACCAUCAUCAUUUAAUAAUCCAAUAUCAUUAAUACCAAAAUGUAUACCACAUCCAAGUAGUGGAUCACAUUGUUUUACAUUUAUAUAUGCACCAGAUGAUGAUAUUAUUCAAGAGUUUGUUAGUGGAGUGUUACAAGAUAACCCACAUCUUGGUCAACACGAUGUCAAAGCCUUUCCAAAUCCACAGGCAGUCAAUAAUUUUAUUCUGGCCAACAAGAAUAAAACACAGGCGGCCUAUAUAUUCAAUAGUUUUACCAAUGGUAUCAUCAACUAUGACAUUCAAUACAACACCAGUUGUGCCAACAGUUGGAAUGGUAAUGGUCAAUGUCCGCCUCCCAUCGACUCUGUCAUUGCUCCCAUGCAAGUUUCAAUGGACAAACAAAUCAUGAAACUAUCCAACCACAAAUCAUCCUCUCAUACACCACCAUCAUUUAUUCCAAACUCUAUUUCAAUUGAAUGGAGUAGUGGUUUAUUAGCUCAUCCAAAAACUAAAUAUUAUAAUAUUGUAUCAGAUUUAGGAAGUAUAUUCUUUUUUGCAUCAUUAAUGUUUCAAUUUGUAUUAAUGUUACAAGAUAUGGUAGUGGAAAAGGAAACAAAGUUAAAGGAAGGUAUGAGAAUGAUGGGAUUGAAAGAAUUGGCUUAUUACUUGUCAUGGUUCUUGACCUACUCUGUAUUUAUCAUUUUAAAUGUAUUUUUGUUGAUUGCCAGUGGUUUCAUCUUUCAAUUCACCUUUUUCAAACGAAAUGACUUUGGUACCUACUUUUUCCUAUUUCUCUUGUUUGGUAUGUCCAUCAUUUGCUUUGGUUUCUUUUUAUCCGCUUGUCUUAGAAAGAGUCAAGCUGCAACCUUUAUCGGGUUCUUUUUGUUUAUUCUCUUUUCUAUUCUCCAAGCUUUUAUUCCCAAUCUACUCUACAUUGAUGGAAAACCAUACAGCAUCCAAGCCAUCUUUUCACUACUCUCUCCCAUCGUCUUUGCCAAAGGUCUCACCGAUCUCGCCACUGCCAGUAAUUUCGCCGGUCUACGUUGGUCAGGUAUCGCAGACCAUACCCAUGUCUUUCCGCUCCUCCUCGUCUAUCGUUGGAUGGUACUGGAUUCUUUUAUCUUUCUCGUCCUUGGUUGGUAUAUUGACAAUGUAUUCCCAGGUGAGUUUGGUACUCCCAAACCUUUCUUUUUCUUUCUUCAACCUUCUUAUUGGACUGGUAGACCAAGUCGUUUAGAUUUUAAAUCAACAACUCCAUCUCAAUCAUCACAAAUUUUAAAUCAUUCAAAUUUAGAUGAAGAUGUAAUAAAUGAAGAAUUAAAAGUAAAAGAAAUUGAUCCAAAAAAUUCAAAUGAAUUUGCAGUAGUCAUUAAAGAUUUGGUAAAGAUUUAUAGAAACAAUGCCUUUUUUAGAUCUAAAAAGGAUUUCCAUGCUGUUAAAGGGUUGUCAUUGACCAUGCAAAAGAAUCAAUUGUUUGCUGUUUUAGGUCCAAAUGGUGCAGGCAAGACAACUACGUUUAGUAUGUUGACAGGUCUAUUUGGCCCCACUCAUGGUGAUGCCUACAUCUAUGGUCACUCCAUCUCGGAUGAAAUGAAUACUAUCCGUAAAUUCAUGGGUGUUUGUCCACAACAUGACCUCUUAUUCUCACAUCUCACAGGUCGUGAACAUUUGGAAUUAUACUCUGCCUUUAAAAACAUUCCAGUACAUCGAAUCGAUCAAGAGGUUGAAGAAAGAUUAAAAGAAGUAGGAUUGCUUGAAAUUGGUGACCGUUUUACAACUGUAUAUAGUGGUGGUGAAAAAAGAAGAUUAUCAGUUGCCAUUGCAAUGACUGGUGAUCCUAAAAUUGUUUUUCUUGAUGAACCAUGUACAGCAAUGGAUCCAAUUGGACGUAGACAAGUAUGGAAUAUUAUUGAAAAGAUGAAAAAGAAUAGAGCCAUUGUAUUGACAACUCAUAGUAUGGAGGAAGCUGAUAUCUUGUCGGACAAGAUUGGUAUUAUGGCUUUAGGACGUCUUCGUUGUCUUGGUGAUAACUUGCAUCUAAAGAGCAAGUAUGGAUCUGGUUACAAGGUCACUGUCUACUUAAAGUCACAAGGACCGUCGUCGUACAACAACCUAGCACUAGCCAAAUCAAUCCAAGCCAAGAUUGUCAAUUUUGUCCUUCAGAGUGUUCAAGGUGCAACGGUACUCGCAUCGUCGACUGAGCACGUGACUUUUAGCAUUCCACGUGACAAAACCAAUGAACUGCCCGCUUUCCUAGAGACACUUGAAAACAACCAAACGUUGCUCAACAUUGAAGAUAUCGAUGUUAACAUUUCAUCGCUAGAAGAAGUCUUUUUAAAAAUAGUAGAAGAUACUACUAAUGAAUCAAAACAACCAAUAACCCAAGAUAAGAAGAGUGCUGCAUCUUGGAAAGGAUGUUCAGGAACUUUUUGGUUAAAUGUACUCUUGACUAUUCUUGGUUAUAUUCCAGGUGUAAUUCAUGCUAUAUUCGUUGUACUUGAUUAG